UGUCUUUCUGUAAGUUUGCUACACGAUGUCAGAUUCAGAUGAUUUUUGGAUAGAUGAAACAUUACUAUUAAGUACAGUCAUUAAGCAGCGGCAAAAACGUAAAAAACGGCGAGAAUGGGUUCGAAAGAUUUAUUUAGAGCGACCUGUUCAAGGAGAUUUUUUUUCUUUACUGCCUCGUAUGCGAACCGAUUAUCCUGAAUUAUUUUUUAAUUACUUCAGGAUGAGUAUCGACCAGUUUGAUAGACUUGCAGCUUUAGUAAGCCCCUUGCUUAUUAAAAAUCAGACAAAUAUGAGAGCUCCACUGAGUCCAGAAGAAAGGCUGAGCAUUUGUUUGAGGCACCUUGCAACUGGAAACAGCUACAGUUCUUUGGCAUAUAGUUUUCGUGUUGGGAAAUCUACUGUAGGAGUUGUGGUGCCUGAGACAUGCAAUGCUAUAUGGACAGCUCUUCAGCCGGUAUAUCUAAAAGAGCCAGAGAAAAGUGAUUAUGAGAGAAUAGCUGUAGAAGAAUAUGGCACAGUGUGGGACUUCCCAAAUUGUGUUGGAGCUGUCGAUGGCAAACAUGUUGUCAUUCAGGCUCCAGCACAUGCUGGCUCUACCUAUUUCAAUUACAAAGGGUCACACAGCAUCGUUUUGAUGGCUGCAUGUGAUGCUUCAUAUUUAUUUACAAUGGUGGACAUUGGAAAUUUUGGCAGAAUCAGUGAUGGAGGCAUUUUCUCAGCUUCAAACCUUGGGAAAAAGCUUUCUCGUGAUAAAGAAUUUCUGCCUGGGUACAAAAAGUUACCAAAAAGCUCCAAAUGUCUGCCACAUGUCUUCGUUGGAGAUGAAGCAUUUGGACUGAAAGAAAAUUUCAUGCGUCCAUAUUCAGGUAGAAACUUAAGUAAUUCAAAAAGGAUUUUCAAUUAUAGGCUCUCCAGGGCAAGAAGAUGUAUAGAAAACACAUUUGGUAUUUUGACUGCUCGCUGGAGGAUUUUACGGAAUCCAAUUAUUGCACAGCCUCAGACAGCAACAUUAGUUGUUCAGGCAUGUUGCUGCCUGCACAAUUUCUUGAUGAAAUACGAGUCUAUAUCUCAUAAUUAUAAAUACUGCCCACCUAAUUUUGCCGACAGACCCAUGCUUGAGACAGCUAAUGGACUCUGGCGAGAUGAUACAUCUCCAAACAAUGGUCUAGUGAGAAUUCUUAGAUUAGGGAACAAUAACUAUUCAUUUUCCUCUGGAUCUGUUCGUGAUUUAUUUUGUAGUUAUUUUGAAAAUGAAGGAGCACUCUCUUGGCAAAAUAAAAGAAUAGGUCUGACAGUGCACCCAAAUUAA